AUGACGAACGAGGGCAAGUGGACGAUCGUGGUCGGGUGCGACGACGCAGGCGUCGCGUACAAGGACCAGCUCAAGGCCGACCUGGAGAAGGACCCGCGCGUGGCGCGCGUCAUCGACGUAGGCGUCCCGCACGACGGGGACAAGACCGCGUACCCACACGUCGCGGUCGAUGCGGCGCGCAAGGUGGCCAAGGGCGAGGCGGACCGCGCCCUGCUUAUUUGUGGCACGGGCCUCGGCGUCGCCAUUGCGGCUAACAAGGUGCCCGGCAUCCGCGCCGUAACAGCGCACGACCCGUUCAGCGUCGAGCGCGCGAUCCUCUCCAACGACGCGCAGGUGCUGUGUCUCGGCGCGCGCGUGAUUGGGCUCGAGCUCGCACGCAAGCUCGCGCGCGAUUGGCUCGGGUACGAGUUUGACUCUGGGUCCGCCAGCGCGAAGAAGGUCGCUGUCAUCGGACAGUAUGAGAAUGAGCACAGGGAGGAGGAGGACAGUAGGAAGAGGACCAAGGUCGACGUGCAGCACAUUGAGCAUAUCGAGCAUGCACCGCAGGUCGCUUAG